AUCCUUAACCCACUGAGCAAGGCCAGGGAUCGAACCCGCAACCUCAUGGGUCUUAACUCCUGGAUCCGCAGUUUUCUAACCUCGGGUAAAGGCCGCACCUGAGGCACGUGGACGGUGCUGGGCUAGCGGGUCUAAUCCGAGCUGCAGCUGCCCGCCUUUGCCACAGCCACAGCCGCAGCAGCGCGGGAUCUGAGCCGCGUCUGCGACCUUCCCCGCAGCUCACGGCAACGCGGGAUCCCUAACCCACCGAGCGAGGCCAGGGAUGGAACCCGCCGCCUCGUGGAGCCUAGCCGGAUUCGUUCACCCCUGAGCCACGACAGGAAGGAACUCCAUAUGGUACCAGUUUCUGCUGUACAGCACAGUGACCAGUCGCGCACCUGCUAUGCACUCCCUGUCUUGUCUUCCCUCACGAUCUAUCCCAAGAGAUUGGAUGUAGUGUCCAGUGCACAGGAGUACGACCUUACUGUUUCCCUGUUCCCCCUACACGCCCUAAAUAUAACCGGUCGUGACCUCGGACGUGUUUGAGACGACUCAGGUGGGCCUCAGCUUUUUCAAGUGUGUUGGGAGAGGACGCUUAACUGUUUGUUACUUUUGCGCUGCGGUUCCAUUGCUCCCAGUGCAGGACCUUCCUAAGCCAGACAGAGCCUGAGACCCGAAACAACCCGCACCUGAAAAAGCCAACAAGAAGUUGCAAGCGCCACAAGGCUCAGACGCAGCUAGGACGAAGAGUGAACGGACAGAGCUCUCCUUAAACCUACACUAGUCUUACCCCGGGAGGGGGUGCACCGUUCCCGGAAGUACUGCAAUACCGGGUCGAUGCGUGGAGUGGACGGAGCAAGCUCCUAUUCCAACUCCCAGCUCCAAAAAUCCAUUUAAUAUAUUGUCCUCGGAUAGAGGACGUAUCAGAUAUUAAACUGAUAAGAACAGAUACUACACUUGAUCUUAGCCAAAAGGCCGAGAAGCGAUGCCCGCGCCCGCCCCCAGCGCCCGCACCGCCGGGCCCGCAGCCACACUCAACUCACGGUGACCCCCACCACCGCGCGCUCCCGCUCGCCCCUCCUUCGCCUCCCUCGCACCACUGCGCCGGUCGCUACGCCGGCCUCUCCCGCGGAUGUUUUCCUCCCUACGUCGGCAAAGAGGGAUCCGCCACCGCUCGCGGCCUCGCCGGCCUCGGGCUGGGGCGACCUUUGCAGUUUGCAUGUCCCGCCCGGUCCCAACCGAGCAGGCGUGGCCAAGGCGGGCUCGCUGGGCCCUCGGGACCGCCUCCCGGCGCCCGGCGCGCAAGCCGGGCCGCAGAGGAUGCCCUUCGUCUUUGGUAGCCCAACCCGAGAGGACCGACGCGGUGGGCGGCCGGAGGGGCCGCGGCAAGGAGCUGCUGGCGGAGAUUUUCCUGAAGCCAAAGUGUUCCAAUGGCCUCCGACUGCGGAGGGACGAGCUUCGUGCCGUCGUCGCCGGAGGGCCCGGUUCCGAGUCCCGGGCUUGGCAGGUCUGGAGCGGGGCUUCCCGCGGCGCCGGCGCCGUCAGCUCCCAGCCAGGCGGCGGGCGUGCGGGUGGGGAGGGCCCGGCCGGGCCGACGCCGGGAGCCUCCCCAGCUCCAGCGCCUGCGUCUGCCGGCCGCCUCCACGGACCGGGCCGUCGGAGAGCGCCCUCUGCCCGAGACGACGAUCCCUACAGCCCCUCCGCCCCCGGCCGCCUGUGGCCAGAGCUCCUCGCCGCAGGCCUCCCGCUGGGCUCUUGCGCACCCCGCCCCGCGUCUGACUGCCGCCCUCCUCCUCCGUGUUCCCUCCCAGCCGGUGCUUCUUUUCCAGUACACCCUUCCCCACCCGCCGCCGAAACCGGAGGGGACCCUCAUCAGCCCUUGUCGCCCCGUCAUCCCAGCGCUAGCCCGGGGGGCCGGCCUGGAAGGAGGAAUACUUAAAGUGACGUGUCAGUGGAGUUCCUGUGGCUCCGUGGAGGAAGGAUCCUUUGUCGUGUUUGAGGCAGCGUGGUUUGGAUCCCUGACUUGCACAGUGGGGUUCAAGUUCCAGUGGUACCACAGAUUUGGCUGGGAUUUGCUCCCUUGCCUGGGAACCUCCACAUGCCGUGGGUGAGGGUGAAAGGAAGAAGAAAGUACACGCGUGCGUCACCUGUUUCUAGUGGAAAGCACUCUGCCAGACUGAAGUUCAGAGGGGCCAAGCAGCUUGCCUAGGAUCAUACAGCCAAUGUGAAGCCAAGUCAGGGCCUGCAUUCAAGCAUCCAGCUGACCAUGUGGAACCUCAGUCUUUUUAAACUGGGGUUGAUUUUUUUUUUUAAUAGUCAUAAUGGGA